CCACCACCUUCUAUAUAGUUUGAGGGUGAAUUUCACCAACACAACCACCUAUAAAACGCGGCGAGUUUACCGGAUCUGAAGAACAUGGCCCCAAAGAAGAAGGUGAAAGAAACCAGUGUCGUAGAGUCCUCAACUCAGGCUCGAUGGGCUUUACGGAGCAAGAGUGUUGGUUUUGAGGGAUCUGGGCCACGACACACUCGAUCUCGUGGUGUGGAUGCAUUGCCUAGGAGGGCGAGGGAAGAACAUCGGGUUGUGCCUAUUCCUAUUCCUGAAGAUGUGCAUUAUAGUUUGGGUUGGGAUUCCCAGGACGAGGAUGAGUUAGAUAAUAUGAUGGACGUUGGAGGUUCGGGGGACCGGGCUGAUAUGGGUGACAGCACCUCACGUGCUACUAUGAGAAAGGGUAGAGGAGAGAGGUUUGUUGGGGAAUUGUCGAGUGCAGGGACUAGUCAACUCAAGAGCAGAGCUACUCAUGAUACUACAUGGUUAGUUGAGGGCCCUAUGUUGGGGGGUCCCCUUGAUGGAGCGUGAUUCCUAGUUUCCGCGGCCACAUUUCCAGCUAUAUUUGGAAUUCUAGGGAGUGUGAUCGGGGACUUAUUAGGUGUCACAAUCGUUCGUGUGCGUUUCAUACUCUCUCCAGAGAUGGAAGGGCCAGUUCGAUUCUCAGUUGCAGCGACGUACGUCUGCGUCCAGUAUUGGUGAUCUGCCGCAUAUUAUGUUUACGCACCUCGACAUGCCAUUGAUUUCGACUUUUGUAGAAUGCUGGCAGCCCACACAAACACAUUCCACUUGCCUUUCGGAGAGAUGACAAUCAUGUUGCAUGAUGUUUGGCAGAUUCUGCGAAUUCCUAUUGAGCGUCGCAUAGUUAGUGGUAGUUUGUCAUCUACUGAAUUGUAUGUUAGGUACGAGGAGCUCCUCCAGGUAGGGAUAGCAGUGGGGCGGGUCAAGUAGGAGACCCGCCCCAUCCCCGCCCAAUUGGGGAGGGGAUGGGUCUAGAUUUGGCGGGGAUGAGGCGGGGAUGGGGAUUAAAAUUGUAUCCGCAAUAAUGGUGGUGGAGCGGGGUGUGGAUUUUAUGUUAUACCCACCCCAUCCCCGCCCCGCCCCGCCCCACCCCACCCCCGCCCGCGCCACC